AUGUCUGCCAAUCAGUAUGAGAUUACGAUCCUCAACCAAUCAGCCCUUGAUCAGCAGUACUUGUUGUUCCAAACUUCCCCUACUCCCAACGAGCAGCCUAGUUCCACUGUGUUCCUGAAUGUUUACCAAGCGUCUCCAAUCGUACCUAAGCCUACCGCUCAAGGCGAGGUCUCCAGGGCCUCUUUCACCAUUACUGAGCAGUGGUAUGCGAUCAAUGGCACAGCUCCAAGCCCUCUCAAUGCCAAUGUCACUGUGAAUACUUCCGAAAGCGAGCCAGUCACCCUGGGAGCUGGCGCCACUAAGGGAACUACUUUAUCCCUAACCACUAUAAACUCUGACGGCGAAGAUCCCAAAUUUGACGAUUCCAAGACCAUGGCUGCUGCUCCCAACGGGGCGUUCCAGAUCGUAGCUGACACUACCUUUCGGUUCCCUAAUGGAAACAACAUCUUCAUCGGUCUGGGAGCACCUGAUCCACUUGAUGCUAGUAAUAUCCUCCCUACGGCGUCAAUUGCCGCUCUGCCUGGCGUUACCGAAACGAUUUGGCCGCACAAUAAAUGGUACAUUUCUACCGGCUCCUUUGAGCAAGGUGAAAUCAUCGACACUCAAAGUUUGACCACCACGCCCCUUGAGGUCGACUUCGAAGCGGGCCUUCCAAAGCAAACCUUCACCAAUAAUUCCGAUGGCACUUUCACACCUGUUGCGUGA